CUGACAGACAGUGACACGCACGCACCGAGCAGGGCGCGUUCGCCCCCCGCCCCCCUCGCCAGGGCUAUCGCCGGGGAUCAGGCGCUUCUGAGGACACCUCUUCCGGGAGCGCGCGGCGGUGCCGGGGUCCUCGCGCCCUUAAGUAGGUGCCGCCGAGGGCCCCGCCCCCUCUUUCGCUGCAAAUCCCGGGCGGGAGCGACCCCCACCGACCAUGGCCGAGGAAGGCAUUGCUGCUGGAGGUGUAAUGGAUGUUAACACCGCCCUGCAAGAAGUGCUGAAGACCGCACUCAUCCACGAUGGCUUGGCUCGUGGUAUUCGUGAAGCUGCCAAAGCCUUGGACAAACGCCAAGCCCACCUUUGUGUACUUGCUUCAAACUGCGACGAACCCAUGUACGUAAAGUUGGUUGAAGCCCUUUGUGCAGAACACCAGAUCAACUUGAUAAAAGUUGAUGACAACAAGAAACUGGGUGAGUGGGUAGGUCUCUGCAAAAUCGACAGAGAAGGAAAACCCCGCAAAGUAGUGGGCUGCAGUUGUGUGGUUGUCAAAGACUAUGGCAAGGAAUCUCAGGCCAAAGAUGUCAUCGAAGAAUACUUCAAGUGCAAGAAAUGAAUGAAAAAUAAAUUUUGUCAAGCCUGA